AUGUACUCUAUGCCCCAGCACGCGUACGCCUACGCGGCCCAACCACAACCUGCUCCUCCAAGGCAAUACUCGAAUCACAGCACAAGUAGCGCCUUCAGCAGCUCGGCCAACCCCGAUGAGGACUGGACCAAGAUUUCAGAUCUCGCUGAACGCAGGAGGAUACAAAACCGCAUUGCUCAGCGUAAUUACCGCAAGAAGCUGAAGAAGCGUCUGGAAGAGCUCGAGAGACGGGCGGGAACUUCGGAUGGCGCCUCAUCAUCGGGCAACGAGAAGCCGAGUCCACCGGCCAAGACAAAGCGCACCCAAACACCCAAGACGCAGAGGCAAUCACCACCGGCCCCGGCAAAGCCCAGAGCCCAGGGCCAGUUUACACCGCCAAUGAACCCCGACGACGAGUAUCUCUUCCACCAAUCCUAUGACGAGAGGGAGCGGUCACAUACACCGCCCAUGUUUGCCUACUCAACGUACCCGCCGCCGCCCGAGGACAUGGUUAUGCCCCCCUACGCUUCCGUUCAGGGAUACCGGCCCAUGCCGACCGAGUCGUACCCCGAAUACCUUUCUCCACCUCCAGUGCCCGUCACGCUGCCGUCCAUGACGCACUUUAGCGACGCUGUCAAGCGGGAACCUGGCUACGCCGGCGCGCAAGGGGAAGACCAUCUCCCAUACGUGAGCUACAACGGCUAUCUCCCCGGGGGAGUCGACGUGAGCGGCGGGCACCCCUCGCCGUACGACCAGAUGCCGCAUACUCCGCCUCUGUCGCACUCUUAUGACCAUUCGACGGCCUGCUCAGACUCGGGGAGUUACGAGUACCCGACAACGCCACUGUCGAUGCCAGGCUCGCCUGGUAUGGUUUCGCAUCAAUCUUGA